CCCUUGCAGUUCGUAGGCGACCUGCUCUACCUACUGAGCCACAGACGCCCUUUUAUAAUAUCAGAAUAAAAUGUACAGUAAAAAAAAUGGUUAAGUGCAGGAGGAUGAAAACUGGGAGGUUGAGAAAGAGGGAGGAGAAGCUGAAAAUAGAGGGAUGGAUCAUCAUUUUGCAGCAAAGAGACCUUUUAGAGCUCAAGGAGGGAGAAAAAACAGUAGGUCUAACAGAGUAGGGAGGGCGGAUGCUCGGAAACCCUCUUUCACUCUUACUUUCCUCUCAUCACUUUAUUUCCUUCUCUGUCUUCUGCACCGCGCUGUGCUGUUCAGAAGAGAAACCCCAGGAUAACUUAUUCUGAGAAGAGAAGAUGAAGUCUCGCUUGGCUUCCCUCGUCACCUGUGUGACCCUGCUCUCACUGUGGUGCAGUGUGUGCCACGCCACUCCUCUGUUCUACAACAUAUCAAUGGACGGCAGCGGUGACGAAGCAGAACUGGAGCUCCUUUUUCCAACCUCUUUCUCCACUCGAGCACCUGCUCACAUCACUGCUGCUCCUGGAGCUCCCACCCUCACCAACACCAUCACCACCACCAUGAUCCGCCUGAAGGACUUCGUGCUGACCCGAGUAGUCGAUUUCCUGCAGGAGAAUCUGCUCAUCAUCAUCGUCGUGACCUCUCUUCUCAUCGUCAUGGUCUUCAUCAUCUGCUGUGCCUCUGCCAUGAGUCAUAAGCGCAAGCUGGAGGCCUACAAACCGCCUCCUAAUCCACCCAGGAAGUAUGUGGCGGAUAAAACCGGCGGUAGCAAGAAUUCAAGCGAGCUCCAAGAGAGGCCGUACGCUGUCGACCACGUCAAGAGGGUCCAGACUCAGAGCAUGGCCUCCCCCAAGAACCUGCGCAUGCCCUCCAAGGCUCUGGUGGGAGAGAGGGGCAGGGACGUCAGGUCAUCGCCUCGCCAGGAAGUCAGAAAGGUCAGGGCGGCCGAGGAGGUGGAAAAGCGGAGAGAGGAGCCCAAGCAAAAAGAGCAGGCGAAGCACCGGGAGGAGGUGCAGCAGAGCCCCAGCACCAGCUCCAGCUCCAGUCAGCCAGUCUGCACCUGCCAUUUGAAAAAGGCCCACCACUAGGGCACGUUCAAGGCUGAUGAGAUAAAAACCAGAUCAGACAGGUUGGUUAUUCUGCACAUAUAUGAGAAAAACAACUUUAAAGGUCCAGUGUGUAACAUUAGGAGGCUCUAUUGGAAGAAAUGGAGCAAAAUAUUCAUAGGUAUGUUUUGUUAGUGUAUAAUUACCCGAUUACAGGAAUCAUUGUUUUUGUUACCUUAGAAUGAGCCAUUUUUAUCUACAGAUGGUGCAGCGUCCACCAUUUCUACUGUAGCCCAGAAUGGACAAACCAAACACUGGCUGUAGAUAAUGCUUCACAGCCCGUUCUCAUUCCCAGGUCGUCAAAUCCAGACUCAAGUUGGUUGCAAUCUGCAACUUCACCGCUAGACGCCACUAAAUCUUACACACUGGUCCUUUAAAUCCAUUGUGAUGCAGAUCAGAAAUAACGUUUUACAACUGCCCGGAAGAAACGUAUUAAUGAGGGUUAGCCUGACGUGUUAUGUAAAGAAUCAGAAUUUUGAAUCAGAAAAACUUUGUCACAAAGCGACGGAAAUUUGGCUUUGACGAGGCUCACGCAGGUAUAGAUAGAGAAAAAAAAACCAUGUAGCAGAAAUAUAUGCUGUACAUAGCAUUAAAAAAAUGAUUAAGACCUAGAUACUGGUUGCAUUUAUAGUUACAGUUAAAAACCGUCAUAGCUUGUUCAUCAUGUUCAUGGCAGUUGGUGUGAAUUAGUUUUUGAAUAUAUUUGUUCUGGCUAGGACAGAGAGAUUUUAUAAUGGCGGCUUGAUGAGUUGGAAUGAGUUGUGGAGGGGUUGAGGGUUGCUUUUUGUCUAACUGCCUUGGCGUAGAGACCUGAGAGUGAGGACUGUCAUUGCCUGUUAUUUUACUUUAAUGCUCGAGGAUCCGAGAAAGUUUUGCAUUGUCUGUAACAGAAAGGAAGUUGUACCAAGAUGUGAUAUUGAAAGUGAGGGACUGACUCAGUGAGUGUUAAAAAGGUACCAAUGAAAAACAGCAGGAUGGAAGAUAUGUGACCAGAAAUCAAAUAUUGUGCUACUGCAUAAUUUUUUAAUUCAUACAAAGAUUAAAAACACUAACUGGGAGAUGUGGAAAACUACGGCUGAUCUAUUUGAAUGCUGCAGCCUUUCAAAUUAAAAGUAGCUCAGUGGUCUGUUGUACUUUAGUAUUGCGGGGGGGGGGUUAACAAGGAUUAGACUGAUCAUUGUGUAGUUGAAGUUCAGUUUAAACAGUAAGAUAAAAGUUUUUCUUACAGAUAUGGAUUUGGUUCAAGAAAUUCAAGAAAAGGAAUGCGUAGCCUGUAAUUUUCCAUGCUCUCCAAAUAGAAAUGAGAAAAAUAGUAAGUAUUCAUGUGAUACAGAGAUGUGUUCCUCCUUUUGCCUGCUGUACACCAUGGCGUCUUUUUAGCAGCUUUGGCUCAACCGGUCUGUCAUUUAGAGCAAAAAUCUUUGCUGCUGUAAAUAAAGCAAAGUGAAGUGCCAGUAAACUUGAUUUGAUAAGUAACAAAAUGUUCUCUUUAUAUUUACUUUCAUAUUUACUUUUAAUUUUGUUUGCAUAAUGUUAUUUUAUGUCAUAUCAUAUUGUAUUCUACUUAAUAAGAACCCUAAUUCACACAGUUUUACACCAAAAGCAAAGUGUUAUUUCUGGGAGGUUGAACACACACACACACACACACAUAUAUAUAUAUAUCUACUAUGUGUGUGUCAUAACAUAUUUAUUUGGUGGAUAAGUUUGAUCAUCUGCCGUCAGCUGUCGUACGUUAAAAGCAGGCUUUUUUUGGUGUAAAAACUUUGUGAAUCAGGGUUUAAGGUUUUUCUAAAUAAGUACCAAUGUAUAAGAUAAAUUAUGGGUUUUGUUUUUAAUGUAAUAAUUUGUAAUGAGUCAAAAAACUUGAGUACAGGGACAGAAGUUGGCUGGUUUUGCUCUUGUGAUAUGUUAAACUUUUAAUCAACAUGCUGGAAGUCAGUCAGUUUGGGGUGCAGAGAGAAAGUUAGUCUAUAUAAUGACUUUAUAGUAUAUACUAAAGUCUUUACACUAGUUUUUGCAUUUAUUUGAAUGACCAGGAUCAUAAUAGCGUAUUUAAUAGUUAUUAACAUUUUACACAUAUUUAUAACUUUUUAGUGGAUAAAACACAAGGCAAAACCUCCUUCCUGCCAUAAAUACCAGUGUACACGUGUAAAUCUCAGUAAUAAAAAGGAAGUUUAAAAAAUGUUAUGAACUAAUGGUUUUCAUUAUGCCAGAUUUACACAUCAGCCCCAUCAGCCCCCUGUACUUCCAGCACCCAUGGUCCUGGUGGCUAAAGGAGAAUGAUGAUUUGUAAAAACUACCCAACUCACUGUCCCAGUCCUCAAGUUAAAGACUCUGAGCAUCUGAACCAAAUGUGUGAUCACUUCAGUUUGUACAAUUUAUGGGCCAGAAGUUUGUCAUGUUUAAACACUUUACUCCGUUGAACCUCAGAUUGUUGUCCUCAGAUGUUUCCAGACAGAUGCUUCCUCUGUAAGUGACAGUUUUAUUGUUUACAAAAUGACGAUGUUGUUUUGCUUAUGUUGAAUAAAAAGGUUGUUUCUGUCAUUA